AAGGGGCAUAUGGCGAUAAAUAUUGGCCUUACCCCAUGUCCUUCAAUCAUCUUAUUAAGCAAGUUGAUCCAAUUAUAUUCCCGAACAAUAACUUUAACCAAAUUCCUCACCUUCUUUUCAUCCACCAACUAAAAUUGUCGUUUCUUUUUCUCAAUAUACCCUCACGAUAACCAGAGGGCAAUUGAGAAAUACACAAUGUUUCCCCACGAAGAAGGAGACGAACGCGAAAUAAAUGAACGCGAACCCCUUCUCGCGCCUCUCACCGAACCGACUGGAAUUCGCAAUGCCUUGAUCACGGGAUCGCAAGUGUUUAAAUCCUCGAAACUAGACGCAGGUCAAGAAGCAGAAGGAAGAGAACGAGCAGAAAAUGAAGAUGAAGACGAUACUCCCCUUCCAGUAGGACAAAUCCUCGGUCUCUGCUAUGUCCGACUCGUGGAACCCAUUGCAUUUUACUCCAUCUUUGCUUUUCUCAAUCAGAUGUUGUGGGAGAUUGGAGGUAUAGGACAGGGAGAGGUGGGGUUUUACUCGGGUUUGAUUGUAUGUUUUUAUUCUUUCCUCAUUGUUUUCUUAAGGAGGGACGUUAUGGAUGAUUGAACGUGUAAACGGAAGUUAAUCAAGAUAUAGGAAUCAUUAUUUUCCAUCACGGAAAUGACACUCAUGGUUCACUGGGGACGCGCUUCGGAUAAAUUGGGUCGUAAACCGAUCAUGAUCGCUUCGCUUCUAGGAAUCUCAUUCGCGACCGGGGUUUUUGGAUUCGGGAGGAGUAUUUGGCAAUUAGUUAUUUUACGAUGUAUCGCCGGACUUUUCGCUGGGACGAUCGUGUGAGUAGUUUUCAUAAAGUUUUGUUUUUGUAUUAUAUCAUGAGGUAUUUGGCUAAUUGGUAUAAAAGGACCGUUCGAACGAUGAUUUCUGAAAACAGUACCAAGAAAACUCAAGCAAGAGCUUUUAGUUAUUUUUCUGUGGCGGGAAAUAUGGGGAUCCUCAUUGGGCCUUUGAUAGGUAAUUCUUCAAUGUUCUAGGUACGAGGAGAUCAGCUCAAUGACUAACAAUCUCAAGGUGGUGCGCUCUCAGAACCAGCCAAACAAUAUCCAUCUCUAUUUAGCGGUAUCAGAUUUUUCGAGGAAUUUCCAUUUGCACUUCCUACCAUCUGUACUGGAUUGUUUGCCUUGAGUGCAGCGUUUGUUGCUAUGUUUUUAAUUAAAGAGGUUAGUUAUCUACCUAAUAAUUUACCGAAAUCGUUUGGCGCAUUGUAAAAUUAUUAACCAGAUAUCAGACAUUGGGGAAAAAGUCCUUUCAGAAAGUAGGAGCACAUGAUGGAAUGACUACGCGGGAACUUCUAAAUUUUCCAGGCGUGGCAAGAUGUGUUUAUAUCUACUCUCAUCUAAGUCUUAUGAGCACUGUCUAUACAUCUGGUUUGUCUCACUCUACUUUCUUCCUCUAAAUGCUCUUCACCUAUUUCCAUUCCUCACUAACCCUUCCACCCUUUAGUUCUCCCAGUUUUCUGGUUCACACCUGUCUCUCUGGGCGGUCUCGGCUUCACACCUCUACGCAUAUCUCUCUUCAUGGCUCUCACCGGCUGCUCUCAAGCCUUCUGGAUGAUCGUAGUUUUUCCUCCACUACAUAAACGGAUCGGAACCAUCGGUAUCCUACGCGCAUGCGCUUUUUGCUGGCCAAUCCUCUUUAGCUUUUGUCCUUUUGCAAAUUUCAUGUUGAGGAUGGGCUGGGAGACGGCGUUUUGGAUCGUGUAUCCGUUGAGUAUUGCUUUGGGGGUGGGCGUUAGUAUGGCGUUUAGUAAGUCUUGUGUUUCUUCUUCUUUCACCUCUGUUUCCCUCUAAGCUUUCCUAUCUAUUUACCUCCAACCCCCUAUCCUUAUCUCACCAAACCCCACACCAAAUUAACUAACACUCCCGACAGCCUGCGGCCAGCUAGUCCUAAACGAUAUUGCACCCUCCUCUCAAACGCUCGGCACCCUCAACAGCAUCGCACUCGCCGUCACAAGCGGUACCCGCGCAUUCGUACCUGCCCUCUUCACCGUUAUCUUCGCAUAUGGAGUUACGCAUCAGAUUCUCUGGGGAUAUCUUAUUUGGGUUUUCGAAGCGUUGGUUGCGCUGGGAUUGGUUAUUGCGGUGCCAUUUUUGCCGAAAGAAGCGCAUGGGAGGGUGAAGAUGUGAGGAUGGUAUGGAAAGGGGAAGAAAUGAAAAUGUGUGAUGGGCACCGGGAUGCGGAUAUGAGGUAUAGAGUGGAUAGAUUGGAUGGAUAAAUAGGUAGAUAAACUUGUGAGGAAAAGUUAAUAGAAUUGAA